GCGUUUACUUUUACUUUGCGAAAUACUGUCAAUCUUACAUGUGUAGAUUAUUCGCUGUUACAAGACUCUUAUUCCACUGGAAUGAAGAAAUGAGUGAAGAAAACCAUUCAAAACCAACAUACUCGGAACAAAGGGAGAUUGAGUGUCAAACAGAAUUAGUCAAUGCACAUUAUGAAGAAGAAGAAGAAGAAGAUGAUGAUGAUGGGCUGUAUGGUCUGCUUAAACUGCCACAAGACAAUGAUGGCAGUGGUCAAUACCCUUCAGUGCAAGAUAUUUCUAACAUAAAUACAGAACAGUUAAUGAAAAUGGAAAGCUUAAAGAAAAAUGACUUUACUAUUAAUUCAAAGAACUUAUUGCGAUGGACAAAGGUCAUUACCCCAAGUAAAUUUGCUGAGCAACCAGUAGAAGAAGCAAGCUGGGAAAUUUUAUCAAAAACCUACUCCAAAAUGAAAAAGGUAAUUCAUACUGCUGGGAAACACAAGAACGUGAUCCCUAAGAAAGCUAAAACAGAUAGCAAACACUUAAGGAAUAUUUCACUAUUCAAUCAAUCACAAGCCAAUGAUAUUGUACAAGAAGAAGGAAUGUUUAUUGCUGAAUCAAUAGAUGCAACAAAUUUAGAAAACACUCUAAUACCUGAUCAAUAUUUGGGCAAUCAAACAAUUCUUUCUAAUGUUCAGAAUAUCAUUUCAUCAGAAACCUUUUCGGAACCAAACAAUUCAUUUCAAACUACACCCAUUCAAAACAAACAGUUUAUUGCAGAAAACAUAACUCAAGUUGUAAUACCAUUUGAAGAAAACAUUGUUAAACCAGAAGAACAAUACAGAGAAGAGGAAAAUAAACUUGAACAAGCUGUUCAUUUUCUACAAGAAACUGUUACUGGAGUUGGCAUAUCCCAACAGCAUUUGAAACAAGAAAACAACUCUCAAAUAAUGAAAAAUGUUCAAACUAAUACACAAACAUACACAAAACAACAACAACCUACAUUAAAUCUUGAAAAACUUAUAGAGACCUUAAGGAAUCAUGGAAAAGGUAUAAAUACAUUAGAUCAUUUACUGUCAAAUGAAGAAGGGGAAAUAAAAGUCAAUGGUGCUCCUCUGAAAUUCAUUCUUGUAGAACAAUCAGAAGAUGCUAAUUUACCAAGCACAGAGAUAUUAACUUCAACAAAUGAACAUGAUACAAUAGGAAAUAUAAAGUAUUUCGUUCAUUCAAGCAUCAAAGCAGACAAUCUUUCAGACAUUCCUUCUAAGAAAAAUACUUACAGUAUGCCACUGGUUAGUGAUGCUAAUACAAGUAAAGAAGAGACACCAGGUGUGAAUGAUUUGUUGAAUAAAAAUUUUAUAGCUGGUAGUUUGGACAAAGAUAAACUGAAAGCAGAUGAGUAUCAUGAAAUGCUUAAAGCUGCAAACAAGAUAUUGCGAACAAAAGUAAGCGACGAAAAGAAUUUGACAGACAAAGAGAGAAAAUACAGAUGUGACAUAUGUUCAGCAUCGUUUAAGAAAAGUUGUAACUUAUCAGCUCAUAAACGAAUCCAUAACAAUGAUAGAAGAUUUUCAUGUCACAUAUGUAGUCAGAAGUUCUAUGUUGGAACUAAACUAAGAUCUCAUAUGAGGAUUCACACAAAUACUAAGCCUUUUGUAUGUAAUAUCUGUAAGAAAGCAUUUCGUGAAAAAUCGGUUUUGAAAAAUCAUAUCUUGACUCACACUGGAAAGAAAGAGUUUGAAUGUUCUAUCUGUAAAAAGAAGUUUUUCCGUAAAAGUAAGCUGGAUAUACAUAUGAGAAUUCAUAGUGACAAUAAGCCCUAUAAAUGUGAACACUGUAACAGAUCAUUUGCUGUCAUUUACUAUUACAGAAAACAUGUAAAAAAACAUGCUGUAAAGAAAGAAUUUGAGUGUGAUAUUUGUAGGAAGGGGUUUCAUUUAAAAGAAAAUUAUAAGUGUCAUCUUUUAUCACAUGAUAAAUCAAAAAGAAUACAAUGUGAGAAAUGCUUAAAAACAUUCAUCAAAGAAUCACUAUUAAAGAACCACAACUGUUUAGGCAUGCCAGUAAAGUCUGCUAUGAGUCAGUUCCUUUGUGAUCAGUGUAGUAAUAGCUUUAGUAGCAAAUCACAACUCUUGAUACAUCUCAAAGAACAUCGAGGUGAAGAUGUCUUUUAUUGCAAGAUUUGUAAUAAACCAUUCCUUCAUGAAUACCUUCUGAAACGUCACAAGGUUGUCCACAGUGAUAAAAAACCUUAUAAAUGUAGAGUGUGUAAAGUUGAGUUUAGUUGGAUAUCUAGCUUACGUACACAUAUCAUGACUAAACAUAAGGACAAGAUCAGGGAACAAGAAAAAGAAAUGAAACACAACGAUGGAGUAGAUCUGGCAGGAGAAAUAACAGAAGAGAGAAACAGAAGAAUAGGCAGUGAAACUGAGUUUAUGGAAGAAAAAUCAGAUACCCAGUUGGAUGCUCAGAUAUCCCCUCAUACAGAAAAUGUAUGUGCUGUAUGCAAUCAAUGCUUUGUAGCAGAAGAAUCCUUAAAAGAACAUUACAGAACACAUAACCUAGAUUGGACUUCAUCAACAAAACGUAAUCCUGAAAAAUUGCAAAAAUUAUAUAAUAAAGACAAGUUUGAGAUAAAACAAGUGGUUUCAUUUCAGUGUGACAGAUGUAAGAAAAUUUUACCUGAAACUGAAAGAGACUCCCAUUCUUCGGUUCAUGCUAGAUAUCCCUUUAUCUGUGAUUUUUGUUGCAUGAAUUUUGAACAGGAACUCUAUUUACUGAAACAUUUAGAAAUACACAAGGGAGAUAAACCACACAGAUGUAAUUUAUGUGGAGAGAAAUUUGCAACAUUGCAGCAAUUAACAACUCACAGGCAAAUUCACGAGGAGGAAGAAAAUAAACCAAUAAAGUGUGAUGAUUGUGGGAAGAGAUUCCGUAAUAAUUAUAGUUUAAAUUUACACAGGCAUAUACAUACUAACGAGAAACCAUAUAAAUGUGAUGAAUGUACAGAGAACUUUUCUAGAAAUGAUUAUCUCAAAAGACAUAAAGCAAGGUUCCAUUCAGGGCAAGUGUUCCAAUGCAACAGUUGCCCAAAAACAUUUUAUGAAAGAUAUGAGUUGUCAAGACACAUUCAGUCCUCACAUGUUAAAGACAAACCACACAUUUGUACAGUAUGUGAUAAGAAAUUUGCCUUUUCUUAUGAGCUGAAGAAACAUUUGGAAACUCAUAACAAAAAUCUCCCUUUUAAAUGUAAUGAAUGUCCCAAUGCUUAUGAAAAAAAGAAACAGUUGAACAGACACUUCAAGAAUAAACACCCUGGUAAUGAAAAACAAUCAGUCCUGAUCAACAAACUUAUUUUAUGUACCGAGACUGAAAGUGAGAAUUUUGGUGAACAUAUAGAAGAAGAAAUAAUGAAAUCUACACCAGUGCAAUCAUAUGCUGCACAAACUGACAUUCAAACAGAAAUAUCAACCAAUCAGAUUAAAGAUUUAGGUAGAAUUAUUCAAGAGAGCAAACAAAUUGAAAAUGUGAAACAAAAUAACUCAGAAUUAAAUGAAAGUCCAUCUGUUAUGCGAACACGAAGUAAUCCUCCAUGUUCGACUAUCUUCAGGACUGUUGAUGAUGAAGUCGUCGUAAAUGAUGUAGAUAAAGAAUCAGGAGAAAUUGCUGUCAGUCCAACUCAUCAGUCUGCACAGGAAAGCUCAAAUACUGAAAAUGAAAUAUAUAUAUAUGUAGACCAAAACACAGAAGAAUCUAAAGUAGAACUUCCAUUAGAAGUGUAUAGUGACAUGCAAAAUAGUGAAACCACUUUUCAAUACCUUGACCCUAAAUCUGGAACUCUUUACCAAGUAUCAUCUGAAGAAUCAAAUACAUAUGAAGUAGUUGUUGGAAUUAAAGAUGAUGAAGUUGAUAAUAAGGAUAUCACAUCCAACUCAACAGAAAAUGGCAAAACUGAUGAAAAAGAACAUAGUUAUGUUAAAGUGUCUAAUGUAUUCAUACCAUCUACCAAGUAUGAAAACUAGUUAUAAACUAAUGUGUUAUUUUAAUGUAUGAAGUAAAUAUAUUUUCAUUUAUUCAUAA